AUGGACACUCUCCAGUACCAAAGCAACCAGCCUUCCAAAAUUCUUGCCCCUCCGAACCUUGCUCUUUCGGGUUCUCCCCACGCUACCACUACAGCAACAGCAGAUGCUUUCCACUGCAGUGGUGGCAAGAACCAAGUGCAAGCACCGCUGUCUAUUCUCUCCAAGUGCCUUGCGUUGUCUGACCUCGGAUUGUGCUCUUCGUGCGUCCAGACGUAUCAACCUCCCUUUCCGCCGCCAGCGCUCAAGUCCGACUACGAGGCCGCCCUUCGACCGCACUUCCGCCUCAGACUCUCGAAACCGUAUCCUGUCUUGGACAGAGAGGGCUAUACCAACUCGAAGCUCCGAGCUGUUAUCAUGGACGUUGAGCUUGCUACUUGCUCCUCGUUACUCAUGAUCCCUUAA